GUCACCUUAGGGCUUUAGACUCGACUCAGAGAUUCAUUCAUAAAUAAACAGUGUCCUCUGGUGGAGAUUUAAGUCGCUCAACCUUUUUCCAGCAGUCAAUUCAAAUUUUAAGAAUAAAAUAAUUUAAUAAUACUUUCCUUUAACCAAGAUUGUGCAGGUUUGUGUAAACUUUUAACAUUACUACAGCAAAGUCAAACUGAGGGGGUGUUAUUUUUUCCUCCGGAACCUCUUGGAUAUUUCUUGUCUAAUUUUAACCUGCCAGUUAAAGGACGCACACUCAAGGACUUGGAGCUACUUUGUAAAACCUAAGAGACAAAAACAACACGUCUGAGCUGAGUCACAAAAAGCAAGAAACCAUGAGUCAUCGUUCUCGAGCCUCCAGGCAGCGGCAGCACGUCCACUGCGAUUCCUGUUUCAGCCGAUGCUGCAGGGCUCGGGUGGAGGCCUCAGUGUGCUGUGCGCUGAUCCCCUGCCGCCUCCUCUGCGGCGCCCUCUUCCACCUGUGCAAGGAGGAGGAUCACCUGCUGCUCUGUCCCAACGUGAGAGUGCCCUGCCUCAAUGCAGAGUACGGCUGUCCGGUCCAGCUGCCGCGCUCCUCCAGGGCAGCCCACCUCCAGGUGUGUCCGGCCAGCGUGGUGUGCUGCUCCAUGGAGUGGCUGCGCUGGCCAACUGACGACACAGACCCACAUGGCUUCAAAGCCCUGCAGGACAAUGUUCUGGAGGAGAGUGCAGCUCAGAACGGAGCUCUGGAUGUUGCCAUGUCUUUGGUUGAUCAAACAGAUCUGUAUGAACGCCUCAGAAUGAAGCCGCUCUAUCCAGAGUUGAUGGAGGAGGAUGAGGAGGAAAUAAAGGAAGAGGAGAGGAAGGAGGCAGCAACAGGAUGGACGGUCAGCGAAGAGCAACCUCAAGAUCCAAGUCAAGGACUCCCCCCAAAAAGUGCAUUUGAGAGCAUCGGUGUGGAAGAAGUAGCACAGAAUAGUUCCAAACAGGGUUUGGUCUUUAACAAAGAGAAGUUCAACCUGAUGGAGAUGAUGUUUAGCAUGGACAAGGGGGGCUGCACUGUUGCUCAGGAAAAACUAGAGACCGAAAGGCAAGCCCGGUCCUCUGGAGAGAAGGGAAUCAACCGCCAUGGCAGAGAUCCAGAAGAGGCUGGGAUGCAGGACAAAACAAACGCAACUCGCACAAACUUAGAGCCCGAUACUUCUGCUGCUGCCACAAACCUCAGUGAGCACGACACAAGCAGGACCGGGCAAGCCCCGUGGCAAGAGGGGGUUCUGGACCGCCUCGGGCAGGAACUCACCCCUCAAGAGUACAACAUGUAUGUAGUGCAUCACGGCCGCAUGCUGCUUGCUUUUGGACAAAUUGAGGCCUGCACUCCGAGGGAAAAAGACUUCGUCUACGGCAGCCUGGAGCCCAUUCCAGUGCAGACUGUGCGCACUUUCAAGAUCCCUGACAGCUACCACUACAGGGAGCGGGUCCACAAGUACGACACAGCUGUUCGUGUGCAGACUGAACAUUGCAGCGUCGACACCUCUGACCUCGAAGUGAGCGAAGACACCUGGUUUACAGACGAAGCCAAAGCCACCCUCCUGGGCUAUGCUGAGCAGGCUGUUAUGGGUCACAAGAUCAGUGAGACUAAAGGAGCAGAUGGACUUUAUGUUGAUGUAGGAACGCAGACACACUCUUUCCGCUCUGCACCCUUCAAAGGGAAGACAACACUGGCUGAGGUGAUGGCGGGCAGACCACUAAAGCUUCAUCUGCAGCUGCAGGCGGAAAGCGUGAACAGCAGAAACAAUCGAGCAAGCUGCGCCUUUACAUUUAUCUGUGGUCACACCUUCCACCGCAAGGAAUAUUCCACGCACUUCAGGAAUGUGCACAGUGACAUCCAAACGUGUUUAAGUGGAUGGUUUGAGCAGAGAUGCCCCCUUUCCUAUUUGGGAUGCACAUACAGCCAGAGGAGAUUUCAACCCUCCUCACAGGAUGCCACUGUCACCUACAACCAGCAGCUAAAGUGUUUCAAUUUGCGCCCAACCAAUUUACCUGGAAGCCCUUCUGACUCCUCCCCUGCUCAGGACAACGAGGGCGAACACCUGGGAGGGGACUCUCUUAGCUCGCUGCCUUUUGAGGUGCUGUGCCACAUGGCCACUUUUCUGGAUAGUCUGUCUCUGUGUCAGCUGGCUCUGGUGUCGCGGCUCAUGAGGCAGGUCUGCUUCUCCCUGCUGCACGAGAGAGGGAUGGUCACCCUCCGAUGGGGGAGGAAGGCCUGCAUGCAGGGAAGGUUCAAGUGGGAAGCCAAACUGGUGUGGGAAUUCAGUCAUCUUUUUUCCUCUGUUGACUCGUGGCGCCAACUUGAUAUCCCUCCAAUGUCUGCUCAUCUGAAAGUCUGUCCUCAUUACCAGAUGCAUACUCACAGUGAGCCCAUAGCCCUGCCUAGCAUGAGUGAAAAACAGAUUGGCAGUGAGAAAACUCAAAGGCUUAUCAAUCUUUUGAAAGAAAAACGAUAAUAGAGCAGUUACAUUAUUGCUGUUUAGCUUUUUUUUCAACAUAGUGAAGAACAGGCCGUAUUUUGCACAAAUACAAAACAAAAGAUGUCUCAGUUUGAUCAUUUCACACUGUAGAAAGUUUGUUUGCUUAUUUUAUCAUAAGAUAUAUCAUGUUCUAUGUUGAGUUGUGUGUUUGGUUGAUUCCAUCUUUAAUAAAUAUUUUUCUCUUACUUUACACAGAAGGAACAGUUUUUGUUCAAAACAAAUGUAUUAAACCUGUGAUAGAACAAAAAGGCACACAGGUACAGUGACCGUGUGUUCUUUUUUUUAUUUCUUCAUGUCUGAGAUAAAUUUCCAAAUAAUAAAGGCUUACUACUGCA